AUGGAUAUUGGUAUUAGGUUAAAGAGGAGGAAAAGGUAUGCUCGAGGAAGACCGAGAAUCAGGUGGGGAGCCUUAACUAAGGAUAAAGCCCAAGAGUUGGAGGGGCGAUUGUCGGCAAUGGGAGCUUGGAGGAGCAGUGGUGACGCAAGCACUAUGUGGUCUACGACAGCAAAUUGUAUAAGGGAGGCUGCAAGAGAGGUGUUAGGGGUCUCGAUAGGUGCCUCUGGAGGCCACAAAGGAGACUGGUGGUGGAAUAAAGUUGUCCAAGGUAAGGUGGAAGCGAAGAAGGCGGCGUACCUAAAGUUAGUGGGGAGCAAAGGUGAGGAGGAGAGGCGAGUUAGCAUGAAGAGGUAUAAGGUAGCUAGAAAGGAAGCUAAGCUGGCGGUCAUGGAAGCUAAGACUGCGGCUUAUGGUCGUAUGUAUGAGGAACUGGGGGAGAAAGGCGGGGAGAAGAAGUUGUUCCGGCUGGCCAAGUUGAGAGAGAGGAAGGCUCGUGAUUUAGACCAAGUGAGAUGCAUCAAGGACGGCGAUGGUACAUUAUUGAUGGAAGAUUCCCAGAUUAAGAGGAGAUGGCAAACUUACUUUCAUAAACUUCUGAAUGGAGAAGGAGAUCGGGAUAUUGUGCUAGGUGAAUUGGAGCAUUCCAAGAGUCAUCGUGAUUUUGGGUACUGCAGGCGCAUCAAGGUUGAGGAGGUGGUGAGAACUAUGAGUAAGAUGAGUAGGGGCAGAGCGACCGGGCCUGACGAGAUACCGGUGGAAUUUUGGAAGUGUGUGGGGAGAGCAGGUUUGGAGUGGUUGACUAGGUUGUUCAAUGUUAUUUUUAAGGCAAAGAGGAUGUCAGAUGAGUGGAGUCACACCAUGAAAGUGUGGGAGAGGGUGAGGAUGCCGGUGUCUGUAUCUAACAACCAGUUCGGGUUCAUGCCGGGUCGUUCUACUACAGAAGCUAUACACCUUAUUAGGCGGUUGGUGGAACAGUACAGAGAUAGGAAGAAGGACCUGCACAUGGUGUUUAUUGACUUAGAGAAAGCAUAUGACAAGAUUCCUAGGGAAGUUCUUUAG